CCCCUCUCCAAGAGCUGCGGAGGCGGUGGGGGUUGGGGACUGGCCUGGCGUCCCGGAACAGCUGCAGCGGGCGCUGGGCCCGUCUGGAAUGCGGGAGCCGGCUGCGCACCAGGACUUUUAUGGAAACUUGCUGCUGGCGCGCGGCGGCCAGAGGGCUCGAGGCGGCUGGAGCGGCGUGGGGAGCGCGCAGACCCGGACGCGCAGCGCGGAGCUUGAGGAGCGGCGCGGCGCCCCGGCGACAAGCGGAUACAAAAAUAUACGAAGCUUCAGCCUCAAACUACAUAGAGCAAACAUGAAUGACAUUUCGCAAAAGGCAGAGAUUAAAGAAAUGCUUGCUUCUGAUGAUGAGGAAGAGAUUUCUGCUAAAGUAGAAAAGGCUUAUGUCCCAAAGUUAACAGGGACGGUUAAAGGUAAAUUUGAUGAAAUGGAAAGACACAGACAGGAAGAGCAAAGGAAGAGAACGGAAGAGGAGAGAAAGCGCAGACUUGAACAGGACCUGCUGGAGAAGAGGAAAAUGCAGCGUGAAUUAGCAAGAAGAGCUGAGCAGAUUGAGGACAUAAACAAUACGGGAACCGAAUCCGCAUCAGAGGAAGGAGAUGACUCACUGCUUAUAACAGUGGUGCCUGCCAAAUCGAACAAAACAUCUGGAAAAAUACAGAAUCCUGAGGACCUGGACAAAGAGCAAGGGAGUGAGAGGCUUAAUCAUGAAGACGACAAACGAAUAAGAUAUGAAGAAGAGGGUCGAUCUCUCAAGGAAGCAAAGUGUCUGUCAUUAGUCAUGGAUGAUGAAACUGAGGCCAAAAAAGGAUCCCAUUUUCCUGGAAAACUGAAAUUAACUUUUGAGGAACUGGAGCGGCAGAGACAAGAAAAUCGCAAGAAGCAAGCAGAGGAGGAAGCGAGACGGCGCUUAGAAGAAGAGAGGCGCGCCUUUGAGGAAGCAAGGAGGCACAUGGUAAAUGAGGAGGAUGAGGAUGAAAACCAAGAUACGGCAAAAGUAUUUACAGAGUACCGCCCUGGAAAACUCAAGCUCAGUUUUGAAGAAAUAGAAAGGCAAAGGAGAGAAGGUGAGAAAAGAAAAGCAGAAGAGGAGGCCCGGAGAAGAAUAGAGGAAGAGAGGAAGGCAUUUGCUGAAGCAAGGAGAAGCAUGGUAUUAGAUGAUGAUUCCCCAGAGAUAUAUAAAGCAGUUUCCCAAGAAUCUCUGAUGCCUGGAAAACUGGAAAUUAAUUUUGAAGAAUUAUUAAAACAAAAAAUGGAAGAAGAAAGACGACGAACAGAGGAGGAACGGAGGCAUAAACUGGAAAUGGAAAAACAGGGAUUUGAACAACUGAGACAGGAAAUGGGAGAGGAGGAAGAAGAAAAUGAAACUUUUGGAUUGAGUAGAGAAUAUGAAGAAUUAAUCAAAUUAAAAAGAAGUGGUUCUAUUCAAGCUAAAAAUCUAAAAAGCAAGUUUGAAAAAAUUGGACAGUUGUCUGAAAAAGAAAUACAGAAAAAGAUAGAAGAAGAGCGAGCAAAGAGGAGAGCAAUUGACCUUGAAAUUAAAGAGCGAGAAGCCGAAAACUUCCACGAGGACGACGAUGUUGAUGUAAAGCCUGCAAAAAAGAGUGAAUCUCCCUUUACUCAUAAAGUGAAUAUGAAAGCCAGAUUUGAACAAAUGGCUAAAGCAAGAGAAGAAGAAGAACAAAGGAGAAUUGAAGAACAGAAGUUACUACGAAUGCAGUUUGAACAGAAAGAAAUUGAUGCAGCAUUACAGAAGAGACGAGAAGAUGAGGAAGAAGAAGAAGGGAGCAUCAUUAAUGGUUCUACCACUGAAGAUGAGGAGCAAACCAGAUCAGGAGCUCCAUGGUUCAAAAAGCCUCUAAGAAACACCUCAGUUGUUGACAGUGAGCCAGUCAGAUUUACUGUUAAAGUGACAGGAGAGCCCAGGCCAGAAAUCACAUGGUGGUUUGAAGGAGAGAUGCUACAGGAUGGAGAGGACUAUCAGUACAUUGAAAGAGGCGAAACUUACUGCCUCUAUUUGCCAGAAACUUUCCCGGAAGAUGGAGGAGAAUAUAUGUGUAAAGCAGUCAACAAUAAAGGCUCUGCAGCAAGUACCUGCAUUCUUACCAUUGAAAUGGAUGACUACUAAGCUUCCUUCUCUCCUUGGAACUCUCUCUCUCCAACUCUCUUGCUACAUCUCUGUGGAGGGGCUAAAGGAGACCAGAGGUGGCACCAACUUGACCUAAUACCUUUUCCCCACAUCUUCCAACUAGCUGAUCCAAAGAAUGCCUUUUCCAAUGCACAUCGGGUUACCAUGUUAUGCCCAGUCAAAAUGUAGUUGACAGGGAAGGGAAAUGUACUCCUGUAUGAACCUAAAGCAAAUGCUUUGUAUCUUCCAUAUUUAUAGCCAUUAUGUUUAAAGUUUGCAUGAAUAAAUGGAGUUUUUACAUCUAAAGUUAGCCAGAGAGGACAGUCUGCUGCGGACGCCAGUCUUUCUGAAGAUACACUGACAAAGGAGGACUGCUGGAAAGAAAAACCCAAGCAGGAAUUUUUUUUCUAAACUACUAAAUCAAAUUUGAUAGAAACCAACGUUUAAGCAGUGUUCCAAGUGUGAUAGAUAUUAACAUGUGUGUCUCAAAUGUAUAAUGACCAUACUGAAGUUUAUGCUGUGACCUGAAUGAAUAAAUGAUACUAUAAUGAGAAAAUAUUAGUACUCUUUGCAGGAACAAAUGUGGCUUUUUUUUUUUUUUUUUUAACAGUUGAAGAUUUCAAGAUUUAAGAGGAUUAGAUUCAGGGAAAAGUGAUUUUAAAAUUCUAGCUUUAUGAGUUCAAGGUCAGCCUGGUCUGGUCUACAUAGUGAGUUCCAGGACAGUCAAGACUACAUAGAGAGACUGUCUCUAAAUAACAACAAAGAAGUCUGUAAAUAAUUAUAACUUAUGUUCUAUUAUUUGGUUGUUUUAUAUUUAUAUUCAAUUUCUUGGAAAACAAUUUUAUUUUACAUUAUGAAACCAUAAUAAAGUUACCUGUGCAUCAAAAGGCCUUUCCCCCCCUUAUUUUAAAAGCUAUGCAAUGGGCUAUCCGCUCUUUUAAAGUUUAAACAACUUAUCAUUAGAAUUAAAAGGCAAAACCACCACCAGUAUUUUUCUCACAGUAAAAUUUUAAUGACAGAAAUAAAGGAGAAAAAUUUUAACUCAGUAUACAUAUCAAAGACACAAAAGCACUCUGGUAAGUCAUCACUGUACAUUUAUUGUUUUAAAUUAAGAAAACCAUAAAGAAUACAAAAUCACAAUAAUCCAAUGCCCUUUACAUACAAUGUCAAUAAAGCAAAACUCUAAACCAGUUUGUAAAGUAUUCAAUUUACCUCCAGUCCAAGCUGCAUCUCCCUAAGACACUGUUCCCAUCACAGUAGCCAUUUUAAGCCAAUCUUCUUUUAACACACGGGUAGUUUCUGUAGAGAACACUUUUCUCAGGACGAAAAUGCAUCGAGCAUGCAUAAGAAAAUAUAUAUAUAUUUGCAAAUACAUUAAGAGUUUCUUUAGGGUAUCAUUCAAGAAACUAAAGCCCUGGCAUUUGCUUUUUUAAAGCCAUCAUUUAAAAAAAAUUUCUCAAUUCGAUUGACUGAUUAAACAAAAAGCAGGGUCAUUUUCGGUCAAAUUAUCUAAGUAUUAUGAAAAUGCAUUUUAACGCCAGGCAGAAUUUGCAAAAAAUAAAUAAAUAAAAUAAAAACAAAAAAAGAAAAAAAGACAUCUCCAGUGAUCAGUUAAUUCUACAUCAACAUUCUAUACAACAUGUUAACCAUUUUUAGGAAGAACUGGUUGUAUUGGCAAAGCAUUCAAAAGUGAAUGAAAACUUAGGGAAGCACUUGCUAUUCUAAACUGACUUUAAUGAAUUAACUACCAAGAUAUUUAAUACUUUAUAAUUAGUAUCAAAUUACUAGUUUUAAUAUUAAAAUGAUUCUCAUUACUAAAAAACAAGUAUACAUUUCUGAAACAAACAUCAAAGCAAUGAACACUAAGUUAUCACUCCACUAACAUGUAUGUCAUUAAAAAAAUCUGUAAACUUGUUUAAAUGAGUUUAAUUUCAAGCUAAAUCAUUCAAUUUUCUACCUUAAAAAUCUGCUGAAUUCAAAUCAACUGGCACCUUUUCUGCUUUCAAGUUUACUUACAAGUAAGUUUGGUGCUAUUUAAAAUGCUUUAAACCAGUGAAGGUUUAAUGGUAAUGAAUUGAAACUUCUCACAAGACAGAAACAAUCCCCAAUAUCUAUAAGCAUUCAUCCAGAUUUCCAAACGCCAACUACAGCUAACCAAAACUUCACAGGCUCUAAAGAGAUACCGAUCCAACCUCUCUCAAUCUCUCUCUUUCUCCCUCUUCCUCUCUCUCUCUCUCUCUCUCUCUCUCUCUCUCUCUCUCUCUCUCUC